CGUCAUCGGAUUCCCUUGCAGUUACACAGCCUAGCCGUUUCUCGGGUCUUGACCAGCACCGAACCCAGAAGGAAGACCAGCAGAAGCAAGCCAGACGAAAGGGAAUUUCGCCAUUGACUUUUGCGACAGGGGGAGGAAAUGUUGAGCCCCCUUUGACCAACAGCCUCUCUCCUUUCUUCACCACAGCGAUCUUAUCACUACUACUAUACUUACUAUUCCGAGCAUUCCCUCCCUUUGGUUACAACACCGAAGACACAUUCCUUUUCGGCCGUUUCGAAUCUUGCGAGCAAAACCUGCUCCUAUUUGGACCAGAGCUUGUAGCAAGCGAAGAAAACUUCAACUCCCCGUGAAUACCAGUGGAAUUGUACCGACAAUCUAGCGACACAAGAUGUUUAAACGCCCGUCGUGUUUACAAGGCCGUCGACAUGGCGAGCGGAACGAUGAUUGGUCCGCUUUCCCUGUACGGCAACUCUUCGUGCUAGCGCUAUGUCGCAUCUGCGAGCCAAUCGCAUUCAUGUCCAUCUUCCCCUAUGUAUAUCAGAUGGUUGAGUCGUUCAACGUGACCGACAACGAUCGAAAGAUUGCUUUGUAUGCGGGGAUGAUCACUUCGUCAUUCACAUUCGCCGAAUUUUCCGCCGGUAUGUUUUGGGGUCGCAUGAGUGACAGGAUUGGCAGGAAACCCGUCUUGGUCAUGGGUCUGAUUGGGACCGCCAUCAGCAUGAUCGUGUUCGGAUUCGCUCCCAACCUGGCGACUGCCAUGGUCGCCCGGGCCCUGGGAGGCCUUCUGAAUGGUAACAUUGGAGUUCUUCAGACGACCGUUGCGGAGAUAGUCACAGUCAAGGAGCACCAACCCCGGGCUUAUUCCAUUAUGCCUUUCGUCUGGUGCUUAGGCUCGAUCAUCGGACCCGCCAUGGGUGGUGCGCUGGCACAGCCCUGCGACAACUACCCUUGGCUCUUCCAGCGGGGAACCAUUUUCGACAGUUUUCCAUUCCUGCUGCCCAACUUGGUUUGCGUUGUUGUCCUCGCUUCCGGUAUCAUCGUCGGCUUUUUGUUCUUGGAGGAGACCCAUCCCGAGAAGAGGAAUCGCCGUGACCCGGGAUUGGAGCUAGGCAACUGGCUGGUCGACAGAUUCAAGGGAUCCCGUCUCAGUGCGGCCGAGGAAUUGGACGUCAAGAAGGAAACUACCGGCAAUGAUUACUUCGACUACGAAGAUGUUCCGCCCCCAGAAUACAGGAGUACUGAAUCUUCCCCUCGUCUGAGACCGAUGAAGGGAUCAGCCGAUCUCUCUACGGACGACGACAUUGAGGGGCAGAUCAAAGGGCAGAAGCCCAAGGCUUUCACGAAGCAAGUGAUCUUCAACAUCAUCGCCUAUGGGAUUCUCGCAUAUCAUAGUGUUUCCUUCGAUCAGCUUAUGCCGGUCUUUCUCAGCACUCCUACAUCCACCGAAGACGCCGUGCUGCCUUUCAAAUUCACCGGAGGUCUGAGUCUGGCGACCAAGAAAAUUGGAUUGAUGCUAGCAGUUCAGGGUGUAUACUCGAUGAUUGCGCAGCUUUGGCUAUUCCCCUUUGUUGUUCGUCGUUUUGGCACACUUCGAGUGUUCCGCUUCGUCUUGCUGGUUUGGCCUCCAUUGUACUUCAUGGUCCCUUACCUCAUUCUCCUGCCAGAGAAGCUGCAGCUCGCUGCGGCCUAUAUGGCUUUGAUCAGCAAGAUCACUCUACAUGUUAUCGCCUUCCCCGCUACGGCGAUUCUGCUUGCCAACGCUGCUCCUUCCUCCAAGGUGCUCGGGUCUAUCAAUGGCGCUGCAGCCUCCACGGCCAGUCUGAGUCGCGCCUUCGGUCCAACAAUUACUGGAUUGUUGCACUCGAAAGGUCUUGAGAGUGGAUACUCUGUGCUGGCAUGGUGGGCUUGCGGUCUUGUUUGCAUCAUUGGUGCCUUCGAGAGCUUCUGGAUGGAAGAGUCUGAGCGAGAGAAGGCGGCAGAAAAGAAGAUCCAGCCCGAUGAGACGGCCGAGAACCGGAACGUGUUGCGGGGUCCUCUCACUGUCGGGAAGGAGGACGGUACUCCCGAAGAGGUGCGGAGAUUGCUCUCUUCCGCGCGGACGAGCAUCGAUGAGCUGGACCUUUCCCCUCAUGUUGACUCAGCGCACUCGUCCGCUGAGACUUCUAAGUCCGAAACCGAGGCCUGAAGCCUCCUACGUAUCCUCUUCUAUUCUCUCAACUCUCUCAUAUCACAUUUUCAUUCUUAUCGCCCACUCUCUCGUGGUGUGUUGGACUAUACGUCAUUCUUAAGCUUUUUUGUUUUAUUCUGUGGAUAUUAUGGCUUGUGGCUUGUCUUCUUCCUCUUUCCCCUUC